CCGGUGAGGAAGACGUCAUUGCCUCCGCUGCGAAAACACAAGAUGGCCGACAUGAGGAUGCAGAGGCGAUCUGGGGUGGUGUUAUUUUUUGGUUUAUUCGCUGUUUUCUGCUUGGGCAGUUGUAGCGACCAGGUUCCUGUAGUAAUAUGGUCCAGUCAAGGGUCGGUGCUGCAGUCCCAGACUGCUCCAGUAGCUGGUCACAUUGUGUCCAGCUCUCAGCUUGUCUCCUACUUGAGCUCUGCUCUCACCAGUAGCCCCCAUAAUGUGCUGCUGUUUCUGCAAGACAAGCUCAGUGUAGAUGACUUCACCAUGCAUGGAGGUGUUUUUGGAAAUAAACAAGACAAUGCCUUUCCCAAUCUGGAAUCUGCCUUGGAGUCUGCCCCUUCCUCCUUAGUGCUGCCAGCAGUGGACUGGCAUGCUUCAAGUGCAGUGCCCGCUUUGCUGCAGGAGAAACUGGGCAUCAGCCCUCUGUACCUGGACCCUAACACACUGAGCCAGCUUCGACUCAAUGACUCCAUUUCCUCUCUGCUGGUCAUUCGUCUGCCCUACAGCACUGGGACUGAUUUGAUGUCUCCAAAGGAGGUUCUGAGUGGCAAUGAUGAAGUGAUUGGCCAGGUGCUGAAUGUCAUGAAGACACAGGCAGUUCCCUACACUGCAGUCUACACCGCACUCAGACCUUCAAGGGUGAUCCGUGAGGUGUCCCUGGCUGUGGAGUCUCUGGGCCGCUCCCUGCUGCAGGCCCCUGCCAAGGCUGAGACUCCCUAUCCUCCUGUGAUGUUCAAUGGGAGCUCAGGGCCUUGCAUUCUUCUCUGGGCAAAGAAUAUCACCUUGAGCUGGGAGAGGUCCCGGGACCAGUGGGUCCGUUUGGACCUAGGCCCUAUGACCUUUGGCGCCUCUGCAAAUGUCUCUUUGAGUGACUCCUCUUGUAACCAGACAAAUUCUAGACUUGUUCUCCAUUAUGGAAAUAUUCAGGAUCUGCAGAACUUCAGAGUAGUGUUUAUGAUGAGCAGCAAGAAAUAUCCAGUUUCUGCACGUGAGUGGUUCACUCUGGAUCGCCUUGAAAUUGAGUCCAGUGGGCAGAAGGCAACCUUCAACGCCAGCAGGAACAUCUAUGCUCCAAGAAACUACUCCUUCCAUUGUGCAACCGUCACUAGCUUCCGUGACCCACUGCUUGUCCCCAGCAGUGACAGUGCUUCCAAGUGGAGAGUCUCCUUCUCGGAUUUCCAGAUCCAAGGCUUUAAUGUGGUGGGACCUAACUUCUCCUACGCCAGUGAUUGUGCCAGCUUCUUCACCCCAGGCAUCUGGAUGGGUCUUCUCACCAGCUUACUGUUGGUGCUGAUACUCACCUACGGGCUUCACAUGAUCAUGCAGCUCAAGACAAUGGACCGCUUUGAUGACCCCAAGGGCCCCUCCAUCUCUGUACCCCAAAAUGAGUAACCCCUUUGAUAUAGGUGUUGGCUACGCAACAACUGGCUGCCCUGUCUAUGACAUCUCCUAGCUCCUUUCCCUGCCUUCGGUAGGAAAAGGAUAAAGUGUAAAAUCAAUUCAGUUCUCCGCCAUUUUUAAUCUUUAUUUUCCAUAAGGAAUUUCUAGAUCCCUUAUUAGAGACAUUUCACCCCCACUGUACCACUAUGUUCUUCACAAAGCCCCAACAGAGUAGCUGUGCAAACACCAUGACACUCUUAGUGUGUCGUCUCAAAAUUUGACAGCAGGGGCAGAUGGCCAUGGAGACUGAUUUUCUCAUAAGAUUAAAAGAUCAAAUUCCAUCCAUGGCACAGGACGUGUAUGGAAAGAUUUCCUCUAAAGAUACAUGGAUUUAUGUUUCACACUUGUUAAAUUGUCUUUAAGUGUUUGUAAUUCAUAUAGUUGUUUGUUAAUGAUUGGUUUAUUUGACAAAAUAUUUUAUUUGGUCCAAAAGCAUUAUAUUUUGUUUUAUUUAUAGUGUCUUCUAAUAUGUAGAUUUUAUGUGCCCUAAUUCUUCUAAGUAUCAUUGAGGACAAUUCUUUACCACAGUCCAUUGUUAGUCUUGCAUUGCACUGUCAACCUGCAAAAAACUAUUUUGAGGAGUUUUUAAUAAAUUCUGGCUCAUAGGAAGAACAAAGGAUGUGUUAUAUACUUUUUAUUAAUUAAGAAUAAAUUAAGAAAGGAAGAUUUGGAGAUGUUACUCACAGGUUAAACUGCAGACCAAAUGUUGACUUGUUUGUCAGGGCCUUACAACGGGAUAGUCAUAGCAUGAAGAUGUCUAUAAUCAAACCUGGAGUUUUAGUAAAAUACCUUUUAUAACUAAAGAGAAGGUGUAAACACCAAGGGAGGGCAAACCUCAGUACUUUUCAGUUUGUCCAUCAGUGACAGGAGUCCAAAUCGGUACAAGUGUUGAUUGCAGAUAUCAUCAUUGUGUUUUUUAAAGAAAUUAAAAAGAAAUGUUCCUGGCUUCACUUUUUUUAAUCUUACCCAUAUGAUUUUUCACAUUCAGAAAUAUACAUUGUUUACCUACUGUACUAAAAAAUACAGAAAAGUUCACAAGAGCUCUGAAUGUUUGAUGUCAUAGUGAUUUACUUUUAGUUCAUCACUCUUAAGGACCAAUGUGUUUAUAGAAUUUUAGAAUUGCAUCUAUUAUUUGUUGUCUUUCACUGAAGGUUAACAUUUUGUAUCCCAAUUAACAUAUUGCACUGUGUUAGCUUAUUAGGAUGUCUUUCUUUAUAAAAGGUUUGUCCUGGUUUGAAUAUUGUUAAGUCAAUUCUGUUAUAAUUAAUUUGAAAGAUCAGAGGGUAUACCUUCCAUAAUUAAAAAAAAUAUCUUUCCAGUCAGCAACCUUUAGCUUUUGUGAUUGUAAUUCUGCUGUAUUCUGGAGUUGACUUUGUUUUUCACAUAUGAAACCCAGAACACCUGUGAUAGUAAAUGUGUUCAUUUUGAUGUUUCAGCUCAAUUUCAGUUUGCUUGCAGCAGAGCUCAGCAGAGUAAUGGAAUUGAUCCUGAAACAAAGGUAUUGUCGAAAGAAAAAAAUAGGUGGUAUAAUGCAGGUGUUCCAAACCCUUAUCUAGUAGGAUUGCAAGGCUUUCCAAGUUUUAUCCAGUUUAGAUUUCAGUUACCCUGGUGAUGCUGGUGUUGGAAAAAUGUGGCAAAAGUAACAUUUUUGCAGUUGAUUGAUGAUAUUUUCCUAGAUCAGAAUUAGAGACUGCAUGUCACAAAAGAUUCAGAAAAGUGGGGCAUUCCUGACAUUCACUGCAUAGACUGAAACAACGUAAGGGAGUUCAGUAUUUUUCAAAAUCUAUAUACUAUACUUAGAACUGAAAAUGUGUUGCAUUCUUAAUGCCUCUUAGUAUAUGUAUAUUUUGCUUGUCAGUCAUAGGUGAAAGAAUAUAAACAUGACAUGUCAUUGUAAAUGACAUAAUGUUUGUGCUAGGCUAUUUAUUCUCCUAAUUAAAAAUUAACAAGGGGCUUGUGCUUGUGUGUUGAAGUCAGACUAUUCUACUUGAAGUGAAGACGAACAUGUUUUUGUUGGGGAAAUGGAGAAAUAAAUCCAGUGGGAAAUUUGAAAAUGUAUUAACUUAUUUCAAGGUUAAUAUAAAUCUUUGUGUCUAGUUAAAAAUGUUUCUUAAAUAAUCCACAAUACAUUAAAGACUUAGGUGGUAUCUUAUAGCUGACGUUUGCUUUAACUGGUAUGUCUGGCUAAAAGCUUGCUGACACUCUAUAUUGGAUAAAGCUGUUAGAAAGAACUUCAGUAAAUGCAUAGUCCAGAUAAAAACUGAGGCAAUAUUAUGUGGUAUCCUUCCUUGAAUCACCUUAUUUCUAAGAUAGUUAUUCCCUCAUUGUGUUUCAUCUCGUUUAAAAGCAAAUGAAGAUGUCCAUACUCUUUUGUGUAGAUGUUUAGUCAAGAGAGCCUGUGCUAUAAAUUAUAUACUGUAGGCAGAUUUGAGAAAUAUUUGUAUAUAUGAAGAAAUGCAAAAUGGCGUACAAGUGUGCGUUACAUGGUUUAUAUUUAUUUGUGAAGUUCCUUUAUCUUUACAGGUUUUUUUUUUGUUUUGGGUGAAUUUUCCUGUGAUUUUUUUAUUUCCAAAAAGCCUUUCCAGAUCUGAAUAUUGCAGAAUCUUAUGCAGUCUAAAAAGUAUGUACCAAAUUGCUUAUUCCUUCACAUCUGAGAUUUUCCAUAUACAGUAUAUAGCAGAACGUCAGUGAUUUGGAGCCAGCCACGUGGAACAAUUAAAAACACACUGACCCAAUAAAGUAUAUGCAAACUAGAGGUAAUUUUUGUGCUGACUGCCAAGCUUAGAAUUUACAUUGUAAUACAGUAUGUUAAAUAUCGCUCUUUAAAUUGACUAACAGCCUGAAGUAAUCUAUGUUCUGAAUUGCUUUAAGAGAAAAAAAGGAAUAAUGUAUUAAUAUUAAUAUUGAUAAUGAAAAAAAUUAAAUGAAUUUAAUUGCUCUUGAUUUUUCAGAUAUUAAAGAUAUUUCCAACUUACCAUUAUAACUUAAUUCAAAACAUUAUUAUAAAACAAGACUGUGUUCUUCUGUUUGCAGAUUAUAAAAGGAUAAUGUAAUUACCUCUAGCGGUAUGUAUAACAAUCUGCAGAAAAAAAUAGUGUAACAGACCCUGAUCAAAUCAAGAAAGUGUUUGAUUUACAUUGUGCCUUUUGUGCAUUAACCACAAAUUACUUAAAUGUGAAGGAAGAACAAUUUAACUGCAUAUACUGUACUUGUAGUAUAAAGGAUGGAAAGACUUAAUGUUGAGUGGGGUUUCCUGCCUUUGUAAAUGCGCUAAAUCUGUUGUGAACGUUGUGAGGAAAACGUAAAUAAAAUGUGUGAAGUCUGAAAA